UUUUAGCUGGACCUUGAAACAUAAAAUGUCAGUUUUCCCGAAGAUUCUUCUGCAGAAAGAAGUAGAAGAUCAUCUGCGCAACGUUUAUCACAAUAAGGAGCUUGUUGCUAAGUUGGGUGUGGAUGAAGUGGAAAGAAAAUUUGAGCGUCUGCAGAGUUGCCUGUCGCACCCGCCGUCUUUUACCACCGUUCGGGUGAACACGCUGGUGACGUCGGUGGAAGCAGCCAAGCAGCAACUAGAUGAAGAAAUAAAAAAGCAAAUCCUGGGUGACGUCAUCCCAAUUCAUCAGCAUCCCAGACUCAAGGACCUCCUAUUAAUUCCAGUUAUUGGACCGAGGAGGACGCAGAAGCAACAUUCGGUACAAGUCAUCGUUGGAGCGCUGUGUGGAAAUGCUGUCCUCAGAGGAGCCCAUGUGUACGCUGCUGGGAUUAUAUCUGCUUCCAAAUGGAUGAAGGCCGGUGAUGAGGUGUCUGUGUUCUCUGACAUUGAAGGGAAAUGUAGACGGGGCGCCUUGGAGUUCGAUGGAACCAAAGUUUUUAUUGGCAAUGGGAUUGCAGAACUGAGCCGCUCAGACAUCUUCUGUACCAACAGCCCUGUAAAGGGGAAAGGCAUCAGAAUGACAGAACCGGUAUACUCCAGUCCAUCCUUUGACAACAUGCUGCCUGGAUAUAUAUUCCUGCAGAAUUUACCGUCUGCUGUUGUCAGCCAUGUUUUGAGCCCUCAGCCCGGGGAACGGGUUUUGGAUAUGUGUGCCGCUCCUGGAGGAAAGACCACUCACAUCGCUUCUCUUAUGAAGGAUGAGGGAGAAGUCAUAGCUGUGGACAAGAUAGCCAAGAAAGUGGAGAAAAUAAAGCAUAAUGCUUCACUGCUGCAACUCACAUCUAUCCAGGCCUACCGCUUUAACAGCACCAAGGCUGUGUUACGUGAGCCAAAGGGGAUGGAAGAAGGUGCUGGUCCCCCCUUCCAUCCAGAGUCAUUUGACCGCAUUCUCUUAGAUGCUCCUUGUAGCGCAAUGGGGCAGAGGCCUAAUAUGGCUCAGCUGAUAUCCCUAAAAGAGCUGACUUCUUACCAGGCACUGCAGCGCAAGCUUUUCAGCACGGCUGUUGAGUUGUUGAGACCUGGAGGUACGCUGGUUUACAGCACAUGUACUAUCACUUUAGCUGAAAAUGAAGAACAAGUCGCCUGGGCUCUGAAAACCUUUCCCUGCCUCCAGCUUCAAGCGCAGGCUCCACACAUAGGAGGGGAAGGCAUGCCCGGCGCUGGGUUGUCCCCGGACCAGUUGAAACUCCUACAGCGGUUUGACCCAUCAGCCACUGAAAUAUCGGUCUUGGAUGCAAACAAGUUGAAGUCGGAUGACGACCUCGUCGCACUCGCAAAUUCCGAUACCAUCGGCUUCUUCAUAGCCAAAUUUCUCAAAAAGUCCUGACCUACAUUUUUAUAUGGCGGUGACUACGCGCAGUGAAGUAAUACGAUCUUGAAGUGCCGGGCUCAUUAGGCCUUACUGUUACUAUGGCAACAAAUGAAUACCUCUGUAACCAUGGAAGCAGACUGACUGCCAGCUGUUCGUGUUGCAGCCGACUACUGCAGAGAUGGGUAAAGAGUUACCAGGGGGAUUU